UUUGUAGUUUCUCCCAUCAAAAUAUAUCCAACCAGCCAUAACACCACAAACAUGUCGCCCUUUAAAGCUGCAGCUUUAGUUAUGUUCGUGGGUAUGAUAUCGGGGACCUCUUUGGCUCAGCUCAGCCCCACUUUCUACGACCAAACAUGCCCUAAUCUAUCCACCAUCGUCAGAGAUGUGGUGACCCAGGCACAGGCAGGCGAUGUUCGAGCAGGAGCCAAGCUUAUUCGUUUUCACUUCCACGACUGCUUCGUCAAUGGUUGUGAUGGGUCGGUACUACUGGAGAAUGCAGAUGGCAUAGAGAGCGAGCUAGACGCUCCUGGGAACCAAGGAAUCCAAGGCUUCGAAAUAGUCGACAAUAUCAAAGCCGCAGUCGAGGCUGCCUGCCCAGCCACCGUCUCUUGCGCCGAUGUCUUAGCCAUUGCAUCUCGUGAAUCUGCAGUACUGACUGGAGGGCCAAGUUGGGAAGUCCAACUGGGAAGAAGAGACAGCAGAACAGCAAACAGAUCUGGAGCCACAAACGGCCUCCCUUCCCCUUUCGAGACCCUCCCCGAACUUCAAGUAAAAUUCGCUGCAGUUGGGCUGGACUCCACU